AUGGCUGAUGGUUUCUUUUCCUUCACACCAUUUGAUUUCAGUGGCUCACAACCAGGUACUUUCUUCCCCUCUAAUGGCGGCGUACACGAGAAACAGGAGACAGAGCAACGAGGGAAAGAAGAUGAUUGUCCAUUUAGAAUGGAUGAGUUUGGAGAUUUCAACUUUCCUUCAGCAAAUCAAUUUGGCUUCUACCAACAAGACAUUUCCAAGAUUGGAGAUCAAACAAACUAUGAACACCCCAACACAGAUUGUCUUAUUUUCGACGAAUUGCUGUUCGGUAACGAUUUUAACAUUUCCGAAUUAAUUCAGGAGAAAUCGAAGAUAUCGGAAAGCCUGGCUGCAGAUUCUAUUAGUUUCAACUCCAAUAAACAAGUUUCGAAUCCAUGUUUAGAUUCUUUGCAGCUGCUAAACAGUUAUGGUACUAAAGUCAAGAGGAUGAAUGGGGAAAAUCUUAACAAAAGAGGCGAUGAAGUCAAUGAAGAGAACAAAACAUUGUCAACUGAAGAGAUAUUAAGGGUAGCUGGAGCAAGAUAUGUUCACUUCUUUCCUGAGGGGCAUGAUGACUUUUACAUGCUGACGCAUCCGUGUGAUUUCGCUCUCUCUGGUUUGUCGAAGGACGAGAGAGAAGAUGUUGAGCUUGCCCAUGUCCUCUUUGCUGCAGCUGAAAAAGUAGGCUACCAGCAAUUCGACCGAGGGAGCCGGCUGCUUCAACGCUGUGAAUGGACUGCAUCUCCCUACGGCAACGCAAUCCAACGGGUCGUUUAUUACUUUGCAAAAGCUCUUAGGAAAAAAAUCGAAAGAGAAACUGGAAGGGAAGCAAUUAAGGAGCAACAAGAAGAGGAAAUCAACCUCGAUACACUUAGAACAUGCAUGAAACUUCCUUUUCAGCAAGUGAUGCAUCUUACUGCUGUUCAAGCAAUAUUUGAACAUGUAAAACUGAUCAACAAAAUCCAUUUGAUAGAUCUUGAAAUCAGAAGUGGAGUUCAUUGGUCAGCUUUUAUGCAAUCACUUGUAGAUUUGAAGGAACUUCCCAUUAAGCUUCUUAAGAUCACUGCUGUUGUAACAGACAAAUAUCAAUUGAUAGAUCAGGUAGGAAAGUGGUUGGAAAAUGUUGCUGAGUCUCUAAACAUACCUUUCUCAUUCAAAGUAAUCUUCGUAUCAGAUAUGAUAGAGAUAAAAGAAGAACUCUUUGAAACAGAAGAUGAUGAAAUGGUGGCAAUCUACUGCCCCUUAGUUUUGAGAAACAUGAUCUCAAGGCCUUCUAGUUUGGAGAAUCUGAUGAAAGUAAUUCGAAAUCUAAACCCAUCGAUAAUGGUAGUUUCCGAAAUUGAGGCAAACUACAACCUACCAUCAUUUGUGAAUCGCUUCAUCGAAGUGUUGUUUUUUACUGCUUCGUUCUUUGACUGCUUGAAAACUUGCAUUGAAGAGGAUGAUGAAGACAGCAGAAGAAAGAUAGAAGGCUUGUGCGGUAAAGGGGUUGAAAACGCCCUUGCAUCGGAAGGGAGCGAUCGGGUUGUGAGGAGUGUGAAGAUAGAGGUGUGGAGGGCAUUCUUUGCAAGGUUUAGAAUGGAAGAAAUGGAAUUCAGUGACUUAUGUUUGAGCCAAGCUAAGUUGGUAUCUAAGGGGUUUGCUUAUGGGAAGUUUUGUAGUUUGGAAAAGAAUGAGAAAUGUUUGAUUGUUGGUUGGAAGGAAACUCCAAUUAUCUCUGUUUCAGCUUGGCAGUUUCUUUGA